CUUAAGAGAAGCAUCGGUAGCUUUGCUGGAAUUGGUACACAAAUCGCUUUUUUGUGGGUGUUGCAAUGAUAUUUUGAAUUUGACUUGAGUACCCUCGCCCGCCGCCACUGGUCCGUGCUCGUGUGUGUUUAUCUCAAGGUUUAUGUUUUAAAGGAAUCUCGAAAGGGAUGAUGCCCAACUUCUACGAUGGCUCGCGCCCCACGAUGGUGCCCACUAGCUCCAACCUACCGGUGCUGUUGGGGAACACCGCCAAUCAAGGGGACCCGAACGCCAAGAAAUUGGUACAUUUCGAUCUUGAAGCGACUUUGCAGACUAUCGAUAACGAAGUUCUCGAUGGCGAAGAAGGCAGCUGCCCGAUAUGCAAUAAAACAUUCAGCCGCAAAACUUCACUGCUCAAUCACAUCCGCAAUCAUUCGGCGGAGAAGAAAUACGUGUGCGAGUUUUGUCAGAAAGGUUUCACUCAACAGGCUAAUCUUCGAAAUCAUGUGCGAAUUCACACUAACGAAAGACCGUACGUUUGCGUUGACUGUGGAAAGGCCUUCACUCAGAUAACAAAUCUGAAUAAUCACAGACGAUUGCAUACCGGCGAACGACCAUAUGUUUGUAUUGAAUCCAACUGUGGCCGCUCAUUUGCGCAGGUCACUAACUUAAACAACCAUAUGAAAACGCACCACAAGACCACCCUGUACGUAUGCAAUCAGUGUCCACGCAAAUUUAGCCAAGUUACUCAAUUGAACCUUCAUUUAAUUACCAACCACAGUUCGACUAGAGGGUUUUUCUGUCCGCAGUGUCCCGAUAAGUCGUUUAAGCAACAAUCGCACCUGCAGCAACACAUGAAAAUACAUGGCACAAACUUCGGCUAUUCUUGCACCAAGUGCGAAGAAAAGUUUAUUCAAGAAUCUCACCUCGUGCUGCACAUGAAGCAGCAUGGCGAUUACGCCUGCAACAUGUGCUCGAUGACUUUUAACGAUGAAGUGCUGCUGAAGAAGCACGUGCAAAGGCAUGUCGACGGGAGAUACCUCACCUGUCCCGUGAUAAGUUGCGGCGAAGGAUUCACUAUGAAAAAUCAUCUGACGAAGCACAUGCAGAUGCACCAUCCCGCCGUUGAUCUCAAAAAGCUUGGCGCCGAAGGUGGGACGGAUAAGACACCCAAGCACUACUGCCAUUAUCACAACUGCAACGAUUCGUUCGACAGUGCGGAUGGGUUGAGCAAUCAUUUGCGAGUGGCACACGGUCUUCCCAUUGCCCUUCCGCUUCCGUUGCCGAUCGACGAUAAGAAGUUGAUCCAACACGGUCUUCACGGGCUGAACGGGAUCGAAACCCCACCUCCACCGCCACCGCAUUUACUCCACGCGCAGCUACACCCGGCAGCAUCGGUGAUGAACGCCAGCUUCCAGUCAUAUCAAAAUCAGAUCAACCAGGCAAAUCAGCAGACCAGCAACGGCGACAACAAACAAAAGGUUCUAUCUGUAUCAGAACUGCUUAAUAUAAAUGAGCAUUUGAACCAACAUCAACAAGUACAGCACCAACAGCAGCAACAACAGCAGCAAAACCAUCAACAGCAGCAACAUCUUCAGCAGCAGCAACAACAGCAGCAGCAGCAGCAACAUCACCACCAGCAACGAUCCGAGAUGGCUAUGAAAGUGGACAUCGAUCAAAACAUUGAAGAAAAAAUGAACAAUUUCAAUAGAAUUAAGACGGAACUGCAAGCCAACAUGUUGGCUCAGACACAGAACCUGUUCGGUAUCUCGAAUACGCUGAACAACACGUUUACGGGCCCACCGAAACUGAUCUGCACCUACUGCUAUAACGUCUUCAAGACGCCCCAAACGUUGUCGCGUCAUAUUGAGAAGUUCCACAGCUAAAUAGUGCCGUUGUGGUGUGUCCUUACCCUUUUGAUUAUCUUCAUCCUGUACACCCAAACGGUCUCCCAUAAAGA